GACGGCGCUCGUGACGCUCCUGGAGGAGGUCCGCGGCCACAUCGAGGACGACAGGGCGCAGAAGGAGGCGGACGGCGACCUCGAGUCAGACGCCGACUCCGAGCUCGAGGAGGACGAGGACGGCGACAUCGUCUGGGACGUCACCCGCGGCAGCGUCUGCCUCGGAGGCCUGGAGGCGAGGCUGCAGCACCUGAAGUGCCUCUUCGAGCUGAAGUACGGGCACGGCGUCGACGACGACGCGGACGAGGACCUGCUCCAGGACUCGGAUGGCACGAAGUGGCUUGUCACGGAGGGCACCGGUCCGUUCGCGGGCUUGGAGGAUCGGCUCAGCGACGUCAAGGCUCUCUACAAGAAGAAGUUCGGCCUCGAUUUAGAUUCAGAGGAGGAGGAGGACGAAAGCCUGCUCGAGGACGCGGACGGCACCAGGUGGAGGUUGACCCAGGGCCGCGGCUUCUUGACGGGGCUGGAGGACAGGCUGCAGGACUUGAAGGCCAUGUACAAGCGCAAGUACGGUUUGGACGUAGAUGAGAAUGAGGAGGACGAGGACCUGUUCGAGGACGCGGACGGCACCAAGUGGCAGGUUUCCGAGGGCCGCGGCCAUUUCACAGGAUUGGAGGACAAGCUGGAGGGCCUGAAGGCCCUGUACAAGCGCAAUUCGGCUUGGACCUGGACGAGGAUGAGGACGACGAGGGCCUGUUCGAGGACGCGGACGGCACGAAGUGGAAGUUGUCCGAGGGCCGCGGCUUGCUAA